CGCCUACACCUGGAAAGAGGGCGUGGCCAUGUCGGGAGAAAACACGGAAGAGAAGCGAGUGGAGGAGAGUUGUUGUUCAUGAAGGCUUCCACACGGAGCUGACUGACGUUGGCGGGUUUGUCGGGUGAAAGAUGGAUGUGCCAGACUCCCCGCGUGGGAUUAUGGGCCUGCUUCGAACCUUUGACUCCUCAAAGUUCUGCAGUUGGGAAAAUAUCGGCUCAGGUGGAUUUGGACAAGUGUACAAAGUUCGACAUGCGCAGUGGCAAACAUGGCUGGCCAUCAAGUGUCCUCCCUGCCUUCAUGUGGGUGACAAAGAACGGUUGGAGCUGCUAGAGGAGGCCAAAAAAAUGGAGGCAGCCAAAUUCCGCUACAUUCUGCCAGUCUAUGGAAUUUGUGAGGACCCUCAAGGCUUGGUCAUGGAGUACAUGGAGACCGGCUCGCUGGAAACCCUGCUGGCCACUGAGCCGUUGCCUUGGGAGCUGCGCUUCCGCAUCAUCCACGAGACGGCUGUGGGGAUGAAUUUCUUACACUGCAUGAACCCACCGCUGCUCCACCUGGACCUGAAGCCUGCCAACAUCCUGCUAGACGCACACUAUCACGUCAAGAUAUCAGAUUUUGGUCUGGCGCGCUGGAAUGGCCUAUCACGGGCCGAGGACAUCAGUAGAGACGGCUUCUGCGGGACCAUCGCUUACCUGCCGCCUGAGAGCAUCAUUGAGAAGGACCGAGUGUCGGACACCAAACAUGAUGUGUACAGUUUUUCCAUUGUCAUCUGGGGAAUCCUAACCCAAAAGAAACCCUACCAAGGUGAGAAUAACAUCUUGCAAAUUAUGGUGAAGGUGGUGAAAGGGGUGCGUCCAGAUCUCGGGAUGGUGCCCCGUAUUCGCCCUGCCGCCUGUGCGGGCUUCCUAAGUCUCAUGCAGCGCUGCUGGGCAACUAAGCCAGAGGCCAGACCCAGCUUCCAAGACAUCACAUCUGAAGCUGAAGACCUGUGCUCUAAACCUCAAGCAGAGUCCAAGACUCCAACCUCAUCAGCCUCAGAUCUUACUACUUCUGGCGUCCUGUCUUUCGAACAGGCUCCAAACGCUAAACAAUCGGCGCGGCCAAAGUCGGCUGUGUUGCCGGAGAAAGACUACAGUCUGUCGGAGCUGCUGACUCAGGUGGACUCUGGGAUCUCCAGGAGCUUUGACCGCCUGAAGGACGACAGCAAGGAGAAAAGACUGUCGGGCAUGUCGUCCGCUGACUCGGCCUUCUCCUCACAGGACUCCAUCACGCUCUCCUUUGAGAAGGAAAACACGAUUGAUUCUGCCGAGGUGCACAAGAGGAAGUUGUGUGACGCCAUCAGGAACAAAGACAUCGCCAAGCUGAUGAAGAUCCUCCAGCCGCAGGACGCCGAUCUCCUGCUGGAGGGAGGAGUGAGCCUCCUCCAUCACGCCGUCGCCUCCAACAGCGAGGAAGCCGUCAAGUUCCUCCUGCUGAACAACGCCGACCCAAACCUGGCCAACGGCCGUGGCUCCACCCCCCUCCACCUCGCCACUGAGAAGCACCUGAAGCCCCUGGCGGAACUCCUGCUGGGCCGCCGCAGCACCAACGUCAACGCCAAGGACGAGGACCAGUACACCGCCUUGCACUGGGCCGCCCACAACGGAGAUGAGGCGGUGACGCGCCUGCUGCUGGACCGCGGCGCCGCCAUCAACGAGACCGACGGCCAAGGGCGCACGGCCGCUCACGUGGCGUGCCAGCACGGCCACGAGAACGUGGUCCGAGUGCUGCUGAGCCGCGGCGCCGACGUCCGCGUCAAAGGAAAGGAGGACUGGACGGCGUUGCACUCGGCCACCUGGCAGGGCCACCUGGGCAUCGCCAAGCUGCUCAUCAAGCAGGCCGGCGCCGACGUCAACGCCCAGACGACGGACGGACGCACCCCGCUCCACUUGGCCUCCCGCAGGGGGCAGUACCGAGUCGCCCGGCUCCUCAUCGAGCUCAGAGCGGACGUGCACGUGACCUCCUGCGACCUGGACACGCCCCUCCACGUGGCGGCCGAGACAGGUCACACGAGCACGUCCCGCCUCCUCCUCAAACACGGCGCCGAGAUCCACGGCAAGAACAAGCGAGGGUUCACUCCUCUGCACCUGGCCUCCCAGCGGGGGCACCUGACCACCGUCAAGAUGCUGAUAGAAGAAGGGGCGGACCCUCACAAACUGGACCUGAUCCAGCGCACCGCCUCCCAUUUGGCGGCGGAGCGCGGACACCUGGAAGUGGUGAAAAAACUCCUCCUUCACGUCCCACACGGGGGCGCAUCGCCUCCGGAACACCUGCGGCAGGACCCUGCUGACGAGAGCUUGUGGUCGUCCGAGUCCGAGCAGCCGGCAGAAGAAGCCAAGCCGCUCCAGAGGAGAGUCGUCAUCCUCAAACUGACGCAGCACAAAGACGAGCCGCAGCUGGACGCCUCACAGUUUGCGCCUGCCUUGUGCUAACAGGAGGAGAGACGCUACCAGCUAACAUAACUGUUAGCAUUUUUCAUCUUAUGUAAAUAUGUACACUGUAAAUACAGAUUAAUGUCAAAAGUUACCAUUUUAUACCUUUUUUUUUUACUGCAUGAGCGUAUUUUUGUGUGAUUAUGAUUAAGAAAAUGAACAAUUUGCGCACAGUAAGUCAAUUUUAGUACGACUAUUUUGAUAUUGUAGAUAUCUUUUAGUACAUGCGAACACUAAAUUGGCCUUACUUUGUGAGUGUGAAUGUUGGCCCUGCCAUGACAUGAGGUGGUGACUUGUCCAGGGUGGACCCCACCUUCUACCCGAGUGCAGCUGGGAUAUGCUCUGUCAAGCCAAAUUUCUUCACCCCACAAAAACCUUCCCAACCCACCAUUUACUUCCGGGGUCAUGAUUAAUACAGAUGUUUUGUUAACGCUAUAUUAUAAAAAUAUAACGCUAUAUUAUAAAAAUACAGACGUUUUGUUAACGCUAUAGUAUAAAAAAUAGAAAAAUAAAUUAAAAAAAACUUUACAAACACAAGCUAUGGGAUGACGCAUUUACUUCCGGGGUCACGUUUCCUCACCUUUCCUCUUACAUCAUCCCAUAGCUUGUGUUUGUAAAUUAUUUUAAUUUAUUAUUUUUUUUUUUAAUAAUAUAGUGUUAACAAAACGUCUGUAUUAAUCAUGACCCCGGAAGUAAAUGGGGGGGGGCGGGGGGAGGUUUUUGUAGGGAGGAAAGAAAUUUGGCGUGACAGCUCCAGUACCCCUGCAGACCCGAGAGGAAAACGGAUGAAUGGAUGGAUGAAAAUGUUCUGUUCGUUUCAUAUCAGCUGCACCAGGAAGCCAUUAAAAAUAUUUUACUUCA